AUGGCAGAAGAGAUCGAACAAGUUCGUAAUUUGGCUGCCAUUUCGGCUGGUCAAGAGUUAAUGCCGAAGUAUACGGAAAUGAUACUGAAAACAACGCGUAGAGGAGUGGAAGGUAUGGAAAAUAUGGAGAGGUUAAUUGAUUGGAAGGAUAUUAGAGAACCAUUUUGGACGGAGGAGGAAGCCAGCAUUCCUUCGGGUGAUUCAAAAAGUUUUGAGGAAUUGUCUUUAGGAUUUAAUGAUAUUUCUUCGAAUAUAACUUCCAUAUCGGAGGAAGAGGAUGAAACGGAAGGUUUAGAAAUUAUCCAUGAAGUGGAAGAUAUUCCUAUAAGUACAGGGGACUAUGAGUUUGAUGAAGAUUUCUAUGGCGAAGAAGAUCAAAUUACAGAAGAAGAAAUUUUAAUUGACGAUGAAGAAAUCAGCAUUGCCACAGACGAGUCUUCUUGUGAAAAUUCAUGGAUUAAAGUGGACUUGUACCAAGUGCCAAAACUACCUAUACAAAUGAAACGUAUUCAAAAAGAUGUGAAAAUCAAGGUCUUAAAAAACGACCACAAAAUACGAUUUAAGUAA